AUGUCGUCAGGGGCCUUCGUGGACAGGAUAGACCCCUUCGCCAAGCGAUCCCUCAAGAAGAAGUCCAAGAAGUCGCAGGGUUCCUCCCGCUAUCGCAACUCGCAGGAUGUCGAGCUCCAGCAGUUGCCCCUGCUCAAAGAUGUUAACGCCGCAGAGCAGGAGGAAUUAUUUAUCAAAAAGCUACGCCAAUGCUGCGUGGCGUUCGACUUCAUGGACCCGAUGGCUGAUCUCAAAGGCAAGGAAAUUAAACGGAGUACGCUCAAUGAAUUAGUGGAAUAUAUCACAGCAGGACGAGGUGUCCUCACUGAGCCCAUUUACCCGGAAACCAUUAAGAUGGUUUCUGCAAAUCUAUUCCGUACAUUGCCACCUAGUGAAAACCCAGAUUUUGAUCCAGAAGAAGAUGAUCCGACCUUGGAGGCGAGUUGGCCCCAUCUUCAGUUGGUCUAUGAAGUCUUCCUCCGUUUUCUUGAGUCUUCAGAUUUUCAGCCUGCUAUUGGCAAAAAAGUUAUUGACCAAAAAUUUGUGUUACAGUUAUUGGACUUAUUUGACUCGGAAGAUCCCAGGGAAAGAGAUUUCCUGAAAACCGUUUUGCAUCGUAUUUAUGGCAAGUUCCUGGGUCUUAGAGCCUUCAUACGCAAACAAAUUAACAACAUUUUUCUGAGGUUCGUGUACGAAACGGAACAUUUCAACGGGGUCGGUGAACUUCUUGAAAUUUUGGGUAGCAUUAUUAACGGAUUUGCUCUUCCUUUAAAAGUUGAGCACAAGCAAUUUUUGGUUAAGGUGCUGUUACCACUACAUAAAGUGAAAUGUUUAUCACUCUAUCACGCGCAGUUAGCGUAUUGUGUGGUGCAAUUUUUGGAAAAAGACGCAACUUUAACAGAACCAGUUGUACGAGGCCUCCUUAAGUUCUGGCCUAAAACGUGCAGCCAGAAGGAGGUAAUGUUCCUUGGGGAAAUCGAGGAAAUACUGGACGUUAUAGAACCUAAUCAAUUUGUUAAAAUACAAGAACCUUUAUUCAGGCAAGUCGCACGUUGCGUGUCGUCACCACACUUUCAGGUUGCGGAGAGAGCAUUGUACUUUUGGAAUAACGAGUAUAUAAUGUCUUUAAUUGAAGAAAACAACCAAGUAAUAAUGAAGAUUAUGUUCCCCGCAUUGUACAAAAUUAGCAAGGAGCAUUGGAACCAGACGAUCAUAGCUCUUGUUUACAAUGUUUUAAAAACUUUUAUGGAGAUGAACAGCAAGCUCUUCGAUGAACUUACUGCCAACUAUAAGUUGGACAGGCAAAAAGAGAAAAGGAAGGAAAAGGAAAGGGACGAAAUGUGGAAGAAACUGGCUGAAUUAGAACGACGCAACACUCUCGAACGUAAUGCUCUCGCAGCUUCCUCCAAUAAUCCAGUUCCUGCCACUAACACAUCUAUGUCGAGAACUCGCCCCUGAGCUGGUGGAAGUAAGGUGUCACGCUGCCCGAUUGUUAGUUCUUAGUUUACAUCGAUUGUCCAUAUACUACACGCAAAAAAUUCUUGUUGUUAGUGAAACAAAGUGUCUCACGAAAGCAUUCUUGACGUAAUGUAAUUCAUUUUAUUAGUUGUGACUGAAAUGACAGAAUGAUGGAAGCAGGAAAAAGAAAUGAAAAAGAAAAAGAGACAAUGGGGAGUUAAUCACGCAUUAUUCUUCUUUAACAACAAUAACAAUAUUAAAUAUUAACAACAACAACAACCAACAACAACGUGGCGAUUAGUGAAUUCCAAAUGAUUUUAUAUACGUAUAUCGAGUAUAUUCACACUUUAGUUUUUCUUUCCAAUUGGAAACUGCAAAACGUUUCCAUUGCAUGAUGUACUCAGUGUCAGCACACAACAAUACAACAAUGUGUUAGUCCCUUCUUAACUAAGAUGUUACCGCUCUCGGUAGGAGGGGACAAUCAUAGUGUGUAAAUUUCGGAAUGGACGAAGUUGUACACGUCGUUGUGAUCCUUAUGUUUAUUUCUGGAGGACGCGACACUUUGCGUACUCUCUCAGACGACCAGCGUGUCGCCUCCUGACUGACCCUUACGCUGAUUCUUGCUGCUCCUGAUAGAGCCAGCGAGAGUGUUUGAAUAUAUGUAUCAUAUAUUCUUAUUAACGAUAAUGAUAACUGUAACAGGUACGUAAUAAAAAUUAGGUAAAAAUGAAAACAAAUAUAAAUAUAUAUAUAUAAAAAUAUUAUAUAUAAAUAUAAAUAUAUAUAUAUAUAUGUAUAUGUGUAUAUAUGUAUGUAUGUGUGUAUAUAUAUAUAUAUAUAUAUAUAUAUAUAUAUAUAUAUAUAUGUGUGUAUGUAUGUAUGUAUAUAUAUUUAUAUUUAUAAAGAAUAUAGUUAAUACGAGAUACAAAAUAAAUCAGACAGAUAUACACACACAAACACACAUAUACACAGAGGCGUACACCAAACUGCGAUAAAUGAGAAUACAUGUGUAAAACGUAUAUAGGCCGUUGUGCUACUAACAUAGAGACUGCUGUGACUGAGUGCCCGCGGCGAGUUGAUAGUGAACAAACCUUUUUUCAUGAGCGUGUAGCCGCGGCGAGGACGGCAUACACGAACACAAUAGUUAACAAGUGAUAAGGUUCAAUUCGCGCGGACGAAAGGAAAGAAGAUGUGCGAGAAAAAAAAAUAUAUAUAUGUUGUUUUCUAAUAGAGAAAGAGAGAAUGAGGAGGAAAAAAUAAUGGGAGCGAGGAGACGAGAGGAGUAUAUAAUAAAAAGAAAAAAAAAGAAAGAAAAACAGAUUUGAUUGUACCAAAAACAUCCGUUGCUUAUAAAUAUAAUUACGUGAUAGCGAUACGGAGCGCGCAGGUGUAAGGAUCCAUUUUCGGAGCUGUGCUCCCAUGCUGACAACCGUAGGGGUCGUUUUUGAAAUUUCUUACCAUCGCAUAAUAGUAAUUAAUGAUACGAAUAAUGAUAAUGGUAACAAUAAAGAGUAAUUAAACGAGAAAGAAAAGUUAAUAAUAAACGACAAUGAUAAACAAAUAAUAAUAGCUAACAGGUAAAAUAUGAUAGUUAACAGAGAUGGGUGAUCGCUUGCUCAUACAUAUUUUCAUGGAUAUAAUCGAGGAGAGAACGAGAAUCGCCAUUGUUCAUUGUUUUUUUUUUUUUUUUUUUUUUCUUCCGAUUACUUUCCGAUGAUCUUUCUCGUCAAAUGUUUCUCACAAUUUGUACACGACUUGUGCUCGCUUUUGUGUUAUGCUCCGUUCACCUUCGCUACGUAAAACCUCAUAAGGAGACAGAGAGUGACAUAUACAUAUAUAAAUAUAUACAUAUAUAUAUAUAUAUAAUUAUUGUAAAAUAAUGUAAUGUGACUUUGAAGACGUAGGUGAGAGUCCAAGAGAAGAUUCUUUACGCGUAAAUAGAUACACAUUUAUUAAAGAAUUGUCUAAAUUAUUUCCAUUCUUUUGACUGCUCUUCAUGACGCACUGUGUUUAUGCUGAUGUAAAUUGUAAAUGGCAGGUGUAAAAAGAGCGUUUCACACUUUAUGACCUCGAUGAAUAUUCUGAUAAAUGUGCAACUGAUCUUGGCAAAAAUAUAAGCGAUAGUUUUUAACUCGUGUCAAAAGAUGUUUUCGCGAAAGGAAAAAAUCUGACUCUAGGAAGAUUAGAAAAUCUAUCAUCUAUUAUAUUAAAUUGCCGUAGGACAUCUUGUAUUUCCUAAAAUGAUCGUUUUACAUAAAAUUACGAUAUAAAUGAACAAUAAUCUUUAUGUGUAUGUGUGUGUGUAUAUGCGUAACAUCAAAUUUGGAACAGUUCUUUAUAUCAUUAAACGUAAUGUCGUUACGUUUUAAUUA